AUGUCUCUCCGUGGUUUCUCUGUUCGUAGAAGUGAAUCGUCAGACGCAGAACAGAUCACUGCCCUGCUGCAGAAGAACCACUGUCCUGUGUUUGGAAGAGUCAACGUCCUCCAUCUGCUGGAGAAGGCUAACCUGUGUGUGUCUCUGGUGUCGGACUUGGACCUGGUCUUGGCUCACGCCUCCUUCCUGGACCAUCCCAUAGAGGGGCUGGUGGACCAGAGGGAGUGGGAGGAGCUUGUCCAGUGCAUCAGUGGCACCAGCAGAUACACGCCGAUGAACUCUCUGUUCCUGCACCUGUUUGUGUCUGACGCCUCGUUUGCAGCGGAGGCUUCUCUGGAGAUCAUCAGGGCCGUGUACAGAGCUGUUCCAGAGCUAAAGUUCAUCCUACUGCUGAGCCCUCACCUCCACAAGCUCGAUCAGGUCCUGGAGCAGAUCUUUGAGCCGCUGCAGUCGGACUCAGACCUGAAGUGUGUUGCUCAAGUGUGCAGCAGAGAACAGCACUGGCCCCAGCUCAGCAUCAGACCAGCCAGGGUGGAGGACCAUGAUGACGUGAUGCAGAUCUUCUCAGAGCAAACCACACUCCAAACCAUCAUGAAAAAACCAUUCUUCUUAACGGAACUGAUGGAGAAACAGAGUGAGCAGAAUCACUCUGCUGUCUGUGAGAUUAACGGAGCAGCUGUGGGCUUCAUCAGCGUCACAACAACAAUCAACGUGAAGAACCUGCUGCGACUGUACAACCUGAGCCAGUGUGAGGGUGCGUUCCCAGAGCAUGGCGGCCAAUCCGAGGAGGGGAAACUGCACUCGGACCAAUCAGAAGAGGGGAGACUGCAGACUGACAAACCAGAGAGCAGAGAGGAGCCAGGGGCUGCACAGACGGAGCCGCUGUCUCACUCUCACAAAGCCUUCAGUGUUCAGUUCUUCACCAUCCACAAGGAUUAUGAGUCCAGGUCUGUGGACUUCCUGCCGUAUCUCUUCAAACUGUUCCCUGACCGCGACCUCUGUCUGGUCACUGUGCCGACGAUGGCCCCUGAGCUGCCCCUGGUCCACAAUUUCAGCAGAAUCAGUCCCAGAGACCCAGCUGGUCCACUCCACGAGCUCUAUGUGCUGCACCGCAUUGCACUCAGGCCCGUGGUGGUGCGGCGGGCCCUUCCCUCAGACAGGCCGCUGCUCGUGGACCUGGUCCGACGUCUGGACCAUGGGGAUGUUCUGCUGCAGGACCUGGACCAGUUCUACCAGACUGAGACAGACCAGGACUGCGUGGGUGUGCAGAGCUUCGUGGUGCAGGUGGGGCCUCAAGUGUUGGGAGUGGUGGUCAUCAGGGACGAACAGGAGGUGGAGUUCCUCCGUGCUCACUACAGUCUGGAGGACUUCAUCUACUUCAGUCUGCACUCGUACCAUCAACACGCCGCCCUCCGCCAUUUUGUUCUGCACUGGAGCCAACGCCACUGCAGACAGCUGGUCUUCAGGGAGGUGCUGAGGCUGAGCACCAGGACUUGCCUGUACUAUCGAGUCUAUCCCAGAGACGUGCACAUGAGCUGCUGUGUGGACCUGGACCUCCUCUUGGACUGUGCCGUACCUGUCCGACCUCGGCCUCAGAUAGACUUCCCCCUGGAGGAGCUGGGCCAGAAUGCUCCGUCCAAUCUGAUCACAGAUCCUCAGGGUGGGGGGCAGACUCCCUUCUCUCUGUUCCUCGUCAGCAGGAAGCUCACUCUGGAGCAGAAGGUUGUGGUCAACGCCAGGAUCACUGUGUGUGGCGCCUCAGAGACUGGACUGAGUCUGAUCCAGACUCUCUGCUGCAGCCCUCACCUUCGCUUCAACAACCUGACCCUGGUGUCAACGUAUGGUUACCAUGGAGACGACGAGUACCUGCACUUCUUGUCAACCAGCCGUGUGUGUUACAGCCAUGCCCUCAGCCACAGCCAGGGGACGCUGUUCCCCCUCUCCUCUCUAAAGACAAUCCGUGGGAGCGUGGUGGCCAUCGACAGGAAGUGCAAGCAUGUGCAGGUGUGCUCUGACAGGAAGUCCUCUACGGCGGCGCCCUCUGGUGACUGGCUGCGGUACGACCUGCUGCUGCUCUGCUCUGGGCUGCAGUAUCAGGUUCCCUCAGAGAUUGGAUCAGAGCCAGUCCCACUGAACCUGUGGACUCUGGAGGACCCUGAAGACCGAGAGGAGCUCUGUGCGUCUCCGGUCCCUCACUCCAGCUCUCUCAGUGAGUCUCCGGUCUCUCACUCCAGCUCUGUGAGUCUCCGGUCUCUCACUCCAGCUCUGUGCGUCUCCGGUCUCUCACUCCAGCUCUGUGAGUCUCCGGUCUCUCACUCCAGCCCUCUCUGUGCGUCUCCGGUCUCUCACUCCAGCUCUGUGCGUCUCCGGUCUCUCACUCCAGCUCUGUGCGUCUCCGGUCUCUCACUCCAGCUCUGUGCUUCUCCGGUCUCUAACUCCAGCUCUGUGCGUCUUCGGUCUCUAACUCCGGUUGUAUCGUGA